ACGUCAAUCCUUAAGCCGGGGGCGACGUUCUCGGGCUACCAGGAGUCGGGCCGGCAGCGGUACGAGGUGCAGGUGAAGCUCCUCGAGGUGGACCUGAACUCGUCGACGCUGUCGGGAUUCCUCACGAUCCACAACCUCACGGACGCCCAUCCGCUCAUGGUGACGUUCUUCAAGGGCGAAGUGGUGGGCCCCCACUUCUCCUUCGAGACGAGACACGCCUCGUGGGAGACUUCCCUGCGUAACGACAUCCAGCACUGGGCCCGCUUCACGCCGUGGCGCAAACUAGACAUUGACAUUUCGAACGACGCCGAAAACGCCGAUUACUACCAGCACAGGGCUCUCCAGAAUGAGUAUCUCUUCAUGCGCUGGAAAGAGCUGUUCCUCUACCCGGACUUCAACAUCAGCGGCGUCAAGGGUGCCUCGUUUGCCGGGUUCUACUACCUCAGCUUGAACCAGGUGUCAGGGAACAUCACCGGCCUGUACUUUCAUCGCAGCUCAGACAUGUUCCAGCAAUUGAACCUUUCUUUCGUGCCAGACGCCGGCAUGAGCGCAACGUAUGAGUAC